CUGGCCGCGCCUGACACAAGCGGCGUAGGAAUAGAAGGUGCCAGUCGGGAGCCAUGGAACUCUACCGAGUCUCCUCUUGCGAGCUGGAUGGGUGGAUUGCGGCCCAUCUCCAGCCUAGCGAGGAGUUUCUUGAGAACGUCCAAGCUGCUGUGCAACGAAUCUGCAAUUACUUGAAAAAGAAUUUCUCCAUAGAGGCCAGAGUAAUCAAGCUGGUAAAGGGAGGCUCUGCAGGGCAAGGGAAAGUGCUGCAGGACAAUUCAGACGCCGAUCCAAUUCUGUUUCUCCACUGGUUCUCCAGCUAUGACGAUCAGAGGGAGAGGUCUGAAUGUGUGAUUGAUUCCCUGAAGCAAGCUCUGGUCCGGGAUGAACGGACUAUUGCCUACAAGGUUCAUAUCUUACCUCCAGAAGCAAAGGGGAGACCACCACACUCUCUGUCGCUUACUCUCCAAUCAAAAAAUAAGAAGGAGUCUGUGGAGCUGGACAUCCUUCCAGCAUACGAUGUUUUAGAGCAGGUGACUUUGACAUACAAGCCACCCCCCAAGAUCUAUGAGGAUCUGGUCCAGGCCACCAAGGUCCCUGGUGAGUUCUCCACUUCUUUCAUCAAGCUGCAGAGAAACUUUGUGAAGCAGUCUCCAGAAAAACUGAAGGAUUUGCUGCGACUGGUCAAGCACUGGUACAAGGAGAACCUCAAGAAAGUUUACCCAUCAUCAUCCUUGCCCUCCAAGUUCGCCCUGGAGUUGCUGACAAUCUAUGCCUGGGAGGAAGGAACAAAAAAAGCAGAAGAAUUCAACAUGGCAGAAGGGUUUUGCACCGUGAUGAAAUUGCUGGUUCAGUACAAAGACCUCUGCUUCUACUGGACUGAGUACUACAGUCUUGAGGAUCCUACAGUAGGAGCACAUGUGAAAGAAAAGCUGAGGGAGACACGUCCUGUGAUCAUGGAUCCAGCAGAUCCAACAAGAAAUUUAGGCACUGAGAAUGGUUGGGAUCUGUUGGCCAAAGAAGCUUCUGCCUGCCAAAAUGAGUUAUGCUGCAAGAAAGAUGACGUUCCUGUUCAGCCCUGGAUUGUGCAGCCUGCCAGAGCCAUUCAAGUGAGGAUGAAACAACAGAAAGGAGCAAGCCAGGAUAUGUCAUGCAGUCCCUAUGAUACCAUCGGGCAGAUCAAAGAGAAGUUUGGACUAGAAGGGCACGUCUCCAUCUACGAGAAGCGCACAGCCUUGCAGCAGCCUGAUGUAGAGAAUACAGUGCUGCAGAAUGACAAGACAUUAGCAGAUUAUGGGGUGUUCUACAAUACCACCAUCCUGCAACUCCAUACUAAGCAGCAGUAGCUACAAGUUUGCAUAAGAACCUUGAAUAGCAGAACCUCAGUUUACAGAAUCUUGCCCGGUUAGAGUGUUCUGAAACUGACAAACAAAAACUCAAAUUUGCACAGCCAUACUCGUGAACCAACAGUGCCUAACUCCUAAUGACAAGAAGCUAGUUGACAGCAGUACACUUACCUGUUACCAAAUUAGGAGCAAAGAUGCGGUCUUUGGAGGCUUAGGGGUCAAAUUAACAAUGUCCUGGUCUCCAAACACCGAGCUGUCAGUAAUUCCUUUACCUUGAAUAAAAAUCUGAGAUGGAAGUCUCUAGAAUCUCUUAGCUAAAGUAUGAUCAUUCCAGACACUGAUCAAUCAGCAGCACUUUCCCUAGUAACAUAGUGUAUGGUUUAGAACAAUAUUUACUUCUACUCAUACCCACCCCCUAAACUAUCUUGAUAUAAGCUCUGUUCUACCACAUGAGCAUGGAGAAGGAUGUCAAUAAGCAAUGAAAGGAGAGGCCAGGGGCAGGCAUGGACUUGUUCUGAGUCAUAGCCCCAAGUGAUAGUGCUGGCUGCUUUGAAAGGAGAGAAAUGGCCAGAGUUAACAAAAUGCCCUUACCAUUACAUUUCACCUUCGGCCAUCUUGAAUGAGCCUGCUGUACACAAACACUUCAUCUUGUGCUCAAGGGGUUCCUAGACUGUAUCCCUUCACAGUGUAAAGGGGAGGUAUUAUGUGACUAAAUACUCUUGCAUAUUAGGAAGUGCACGUGGGAAACUAGAUAUAAUUCUCAAUUAUAUUGUACUCUUCUACAUGCAAGGUUUUCCCCACCCCUCCAGGGGUGUUCAUUCCUAUAAUUUUGUCACCAGCAUCUUGAAGUGGUACAUUCAAUGAUAUGACUUAACAUAUUUAUAUAAGGCCCAUAUACUUAGUCUCUUCUUGGCUUUUCUGUCACACCAAAGAAAGGAAAUACAAUAUGGAGUGGCUUUGGUGCUGUAUGUAGGGAAGGCCUUUAUCACAUAGUUGAAUACAUGACAUUGUUUUGCCUAUGUUCCCCUUCCUCUCUCUAUGUAGUUUUCUCUCCACAGUAAACACUUCUCUAACAGUGCUGUCCUAUGCAGAGUUAUGCCUUUUGAAGA